GAUUUUGCUGCAACGGGAAGAGAGAGAGUUGACUUUUACGAAGGAUACUUUUUAUAACUCGCGAUCUGGAUCAGUAGUGCUGCGCACCGCCGACUGAGGAUGCAUCUGUUGAGGAGACUUUUCAAGAGUCGAACAAUGUUCGAAAUAUUCCUUUCUUUUGUCGAGUAUGCGGUGAAGGAUUUGUAUUUGACGAUGCUGUGUGUUGCAGGAAUUAUAUGAGAAAUGUUUGCGAAAGUGAUACAUUGGGUGUCGAUAUCUGUGCUUUUUGUGAUUUAAGAUUCUGAUAUCGUUAAAAUGAAAUAUCGAAACUUAUUAUAGUCGUAUGUAAUUUCAGAUUGCGAUUUGCGUAGUGUGGACUCAUCAGUGUUAAAAAUGACCUACUGAUGCGUCAUGAACGAAAUAAAUGUGAGAUAUACUAAUCAAUAUUUUAUCAAACUAGGCUAAUUAAAAAACAUAAGAUAUAUAAGAAGAGUUAAUUAUUUAAAUCUCACACUCUAAUUAGUGUGCCUCUUGUACGACGGAUGCGAUAUAGUAUGUAACCACGAUCAGUUCCGAAACGUGGCUACUCUGAUACUGCCCACUUGUGCUCCGACCGUCGUAGAGACAACACAUAUCUUGCCCUCUCUUUAUUUAUAUAAUAAAUAGUACAGUUUGUUCAUUACUCGUCUUUACUUAUUGUCCCAAACUAUCAAAUUGGUUCUAAUAAGUGUAGUCACAAUGAAGUUACUUGCCUGUAUGCUCUUACUUGGCUUUGUAGCGGACAUUAACGCCAUUGUUGGAGGCUCUGAUGCUGCCGAUCACAAGUAUCCGUAUGUGGUAUCCAUUCGGUCAUACGAGAACAUUCACAUCUGCACUGGCACGAUUCUCAAUAAACGCUGGAUUCUGUCAGCGGCUACUUGCCUGAAAAAUUACAUUAACUCUAAUUAUGUCACAGUUCUGGUUGGAAGCAACACUUUGUUAAAUUCGGAUGGUCAAGUCUACCAGGCAGAUAACGUCACAUAUCACAAGAACUUCGAAUGGCGUCACGCACUUAACGAUAUCGGUCUGAUUCGUGUAAACCGUGACAUCGCUUUCAGCAAAGAGGUGCAACCAGUCGCUCUUCCGGUGGAUAACAAUUUCCAAAACGGAACUUCCGCAGUCAUCACCGGAUGGGGAGCUACUUGGGACGAAGGUACAAUAUCUAACAAACUGCAAGAAAUUAGUGUAAAGCUUCUCGCCCAGGAAGUUUGUAACAACUAUUGGCAACACAGCCUCACGCCUAUCUCGAUCACUGAUAUGCAUAUCUGCAGUUUGACUGAGAGAGGAAAAGGCUCGUGUGAGAACGACCUUGGCAAUCCUCUCCUUGUCGGAGGAGUUCAAGUGGGUAUUUCUACGUUCUAUAGCACGUGUGCUAGUGGUAAACCUGAAGGAUCCACUAGACUAUUCACUUAUCUUGACUGGAUCAAGAACAAUGCAGUUAUCGAAUAAACUGAAAAUUGUACAUUUCGUAUUUUCUAUAAAAUUGUAUCGUUUGGUUACCAUUAAUAAAACAAAUUUAAAUCGAUCA